AUGUGCUCUGGAACUGUGUCUAACAACCUUCUUCUUCCAUCAGUAGCUUUUCCACCUGCAAGCUCCAUAAUAAAGCUCAUAGGCAAAACCUCAUACAAAAGUCUUAAUUUACCUUUAGGAGACUUACUAUCGGCAGGGUACAUGAAAAUACCUCCGUAUAGUAACGUUCUAUGGACAUCUGAAACCAUGGACCCCACGUAUCUCAAAGAAUACGGGCUUCCAUCUUCAGGGUUUUUGACUGAAUUUACAAAUUCCGUGACAGCUGAAUCCCAGUACAGUGAAUUUCCUUCAUUAACUGAAUAA